GUCUCUGCUUUCCCGCCUCCCAGAGUUGCAGAGUUGAGACUUCGCAAAGAAAGAAAAAAAGGUUAAAGAAAAUCUCCCUCUCCAAAAAUUACUUUCACUCUCCCAGAAGAAGCCAAUUUUUGAUUCAUCUUUCUCCGAAAAGAACCCAACUUUAGACUUUCAGCCAUGACCAAGAUUGACGCUCUCCGUCGAUUCCUCCUCCCCUGCUUCUCCCCUGCCACCGCCGCCUCAGCCGCCGCCGCUCCCCACCACACUACCAAGAAGCGGAUCAGCACUUCUCUCCGCGACGACUUCCCGGACGACGCCGUAUCCUCCAAGAAGGAUCCCCAAGACGACGAUGACCAGCAAGACCCGGAUUCCUCCACAUCCACCGAUCAGAGCGCCAGCCUGGCGCCAUCUCGGCCGUCCAAGACCAUGGUGAUCGGAACCAUAUUCGGCAACCGCCGCGGCCACGUGUGGCUCUGUUUCCAACACGACCGCCUGGCCACGAAGCCGCUGUUGCUCCUCGAGCUCUCCGUCCCGACGCACCAGCUCGUCAAGGAGAUGAAAUUCGGGCUCGUCCGGAUCGCUCUGGAGUGCACCCGACCCGAGUUCCGCUCCUGCCCGCUCCGCUCCGUGCCCGUGUGGACAAUGAAUUGCAACGGUAAAAAGCUAGGGUUCGCAGCGAGGAGGAAAGUGAGCGAGCGCAAUCGGCAGAUGCUCAAGACGAUGCAGUCCACGACGGUCGGGGCGGGAGUGAUUCCGGCAGGAGUCGGGUCGCCGGAGGAGGUGAUGUACAUGAGGGCGAAUUAUGAGCAUGUGGUGGGCAGCGCUAACUCGGAGUCGUUUCAUUUGAUUAACCCGGACGAGUGGGAGGGUCAAGAACUGGGCGUGUUCUUGAUCAGGAGCUGCUGACAAAUGAAGUCAGCGCCCAUUUCUUAAGUUAUUACUACUGCUGCUACUUCACUGGGAGAAGAAGAGAAAACUGGGUUCGUUUUCUUGGUUUCUGGGUAGGAAAAAAUGAGGAUUCUUUGUCGAGAAUAUUUGGAGGAGGAUUGAAAGAGCUGCGAUCUUUGUAGAAGGAGCUUCCUUCAAUCUUUAUGUAUAUGUUUCCGUCUUGCUGGCUGGCUGGCUGGAAUUUCUUACUUCCUGCCUAACUUUGGGUUUUGAUUUGAAGAACUUGCUAGUUUAACCAGAUUGUGUAAGGGAAGAUGGUUUUGUUUCUGUUGUUGUCCGGUCAAAAGAGGGCUACCAGAAUCAACGAGUGGCACCAGUUUGAGAAGAUUGUGCGUCCACAGAAUGGUGGGAUUUCCUAGCAGAAGCAGAACUUCCAAGAGGGGAGAGGGGGAACUACUAUCUGGAGGUCUUGUCAAUUGGUCAUGUUCAUGGUCAUGGUGAUGGACCCACUUUAGUGGCAAAAGGAUUCUACACAUGUUCCCAAUGUGCCAAAAUAUGCCAUAACUUGUGGUUUGAACUCUUUUCUGGGGCAUGGAAUGGAAUCCAGACAAUUUCAAGGCUUCCUUCAACAACCAGAUAUUUCCUUUUGUUACUGCAAGUGCGUUGAUUUGAGCAGCUAGCUUCUGCAUUUGCUAUCAAAAAGUGCAGAAGUCAGAGUAGCCAGCCUACAACUUUCCAGGUGGUAAUGUUGGAAGGGAGACAUGCCAGAGGAGAUGCAAGGGCGUGUACUGGAAUUACCAUACCAGGCCCAUGAGGUUUCUGAUGGUCACUCCAUUGCUCAUUAUAUCAAACAGGUGAAUUUUCGUAUCACUCUCGCGUUAGAAACUCCUUUUGGUCUUUUUCAUUUCAAAUGACAGUAUUAGAUUCUGGGGUACACGUCUACAGUGAAAUUCUAUGGGGAAGCGAUGCCUAAAUGGAAUGGUACCUAGCUUUUGGUUGGGAACCAAUUUUCUGAUUAAUAGAUUGCAAAAGGGAUCUGCUUUAUGUCGUUACUAGAAUCUUAUAUCUCUUGGAUGGAUGGAGGGUAAGUAAAGUAAUGAUUUAGGGGUCACAUUUAAGUUAGAAAACCCAUAGAGCCUUACCCUUUUGUAAUGUGAAUUCUGUACCAAAACUAGUGUUAAUACCCCUAUCCACUAGUUAAAUUUUACUUAUGGAAUAGGGAAUUGCUAUGAGCUUAUAGUUUUACACUCCCUUUUUGGCAAGGAGAAUGAUGAUAGAGAAAACCCAUCUCAGUUUCCAUGGGAAAAAUGGAACUUGUUUAUUUCUCAAUCGAGCCAUGUCAUUGAAAGUGAUCUUUUCAAAAGUUACUUUCUGCCCAUCAACUGAUCUCGAUUCCAUGUGAUUAAUGGUUAGGGUUCCCUGGGUUGCAAUUGUUGCUACUGUGCUGGAACUUUUACUUCAUAGAGUUCAGAAUAAUAAGAUCGUGGAAUAAGCUUCUGAAUGAAUAAUGCUUUGAACUGAUCUCUUUGUUUAUUUGAAUAUGCUUUUUACUGGCUAGUGGGUCAAGAAUCAUGCAUCAAAACCUUUAGACAUUAGCGUUUAAGCAAAACCAUGCAGCAAAGCUACUCCCAGACCUCGGAGACUGCUGCUACUGUUGCAGUAUUUACCAUGAAGUCUCCCUGGCAGUUCAGUCAUUUCUUUAUUUUGAAUUCUGAGUUAGUUUAUUUCAUUUCCCGUUUUAAAGCUUUGGGGUUUAUGGAAUAGAAAUUUGAUGAAGACUGUGGAGGGGCAUGGCACUGUGUGGUUGGCAAAGAGUUUGGCUCCUGCAUCACUCGCCUAUGUGGAACUUUCAUCUUCUUUGGGGUGGAGAUGAUGGAGUUUCUCAUCUUCAAGGAUGGCAACGACAUCAGCCUCACCAAGGAAGAAGCUGCUGCAACUGCAAGACUCCUGCAAAAGGAUCAACGGCUGAUAAUAGAUUUGUAUAAAUAUCUCAUCUUGUAUGCAAAUAAAUUCUGAACCAUGUUCCUGUCGAGAAUGUUUGUUUCUUCUCAUUGACAAUUCAGAAUGGAAUAUAUCAAACAUGUAGAUCACUUGUUUUCUUCACAGUUACAGAAGUUCAGAUGAACUAUUAGAAUGGACUAAAUAAACACAGGAAGGAAUGACAUAGUUUCAACACUUUCAAGUAUGAGAAGGAAGGCACAGUGUACAUGCCAAUUAGAUCAUCAUGAUCUUUGCUGGAUAGUCAAAGGAAUGAAAUAAUGAAACAAGUGGAACGUA